AUGGCCGGUGGUUUGGACUGGGAUGCUGCCGCGCCCAUAGCCUUGAUGAGUUGGUUGCUGUCCCCCAUCAUCACCUUGCUCACGCCCAAGAUCCUUUCCUGCCUCGGCUUAGACGCGUCACAGAAGCUCUGGGACUUGAAGAUCCACAUUAUCCCAGAGCUGCAGCAGACGCUGCGUGAGGUAGAUCAAGCGAGGAUGCUGCAGAGGGGAGAAGUAUCCGACGUGUCGACGCUCGAUGAAAUGGCGUCAUGGCUGAGGCACGCUCGGGGGGAUGCGGAUGAUAUCUUUGAUGAUGCUCAGGAGAAGAUUGUCUCGGCGGUUACUGUACAGGUCAGAGGAUUUCAUGCUGUUGAGAUUGCCAGCUUUUGUCGAAACUGGUCGUAUGACGUGGUUGGCAUCAAAAGUAACCAGGAGAAUGCCACUGCAUUUGAUUUUGUCCUUGCUGCUAUCUUAAGAUGGAACUUGAAGAAAAGAAUAGAGAAGGUAGAACGCACUGUCAAUGAAGUUAAGAAGUCACUUCUCUUAGGCGUGGCAAGGAAGAGCACACCGACCGAUAUUGCCAACAAGAAUAGGAGCAGAAUUAGAACUGCUACCAAGCGGAAAGUAUUUGGUCGAGAGGUCUUGCGUGAUGAUAUCAUUGCAAGGCUCCGUGAGACACCACAAGAUGAUGCACAAAACUCGAGUACUAGUCCAUGUUACUCUGUGCUUGGCAUAUAUGGUGUUACAGGGUCUGGGAAGACUACCUUUGCACGAUACACUCGAGAUUACAUAGAGCAGGAAUGCAAGGGACUUUUUGACAUCAUCAUGUGCAUUCAUGUGUCUGAGACUUUCAGUUUGGAUGAUAUGUUUCAUGAAAUGUUGAAGGAUAUUACCAAAGAUCGACACUCCGAUAUUUCAGAUCGUGAGGAGCUGGAAGAGAAGUUGAAGGAAUCAUUGAGUGGCAAACGUUUCUUUUUGAUAUUGGAUGAUAUCUGGGUGAAAGCCAAGAACGACCCACAGCUAGAUGAACUAAUCUCUCCGCUCCACGUUGGGAUGAAAGGAAGCAAAAUAUUGGUGAUGACUCGAAGAAAAGUUGCAGCUAGAGCUCUAUGUGAUGAUGAACCUAUUGAAAUGUCUGAUUUGGAUGAAGAUAUAUACUUUUCAAUGUUUAUGCAUUAUGCGGUGGGUGGUACAAGUGUUGUUGACAAAGAAGAAUUUGUACAAGUUGGGCGGGUGAUUGCAGAAAAGCUACACCAAUCACCUAUUGCAGCAGUCGCAGUGGCUGGACAGCUUGGGGCGAACCUAGAUAUCAAGUUUUGGAAAAAUACUGCAAACCACGACAUGUUGAGUAACACCAUGGAUGCUCUUUGGUGGAGCUAUCAGUCGCUUAAUCUGGACAUUAGGCGAUGCUUUGAAUUCUGCAAUAUUUUCCCUCGAAGAUUCGAGUUGAGAAGGGACGAGUUAGUUUGCAUGUGGAUAGCACAAGGGUUUGUAAAGACCAGCUCGGCAACAGAGGACAUGGAAGUUGUAGCCAAUGACUACAUUCAUGAGUUAGUGUCAUGCUCCUUUCUGCAACAAGAAGUAACUAGUUCUGAUACUGAUUCCUUCAGAAUUCAUGAUCUGCUACAUGAUUUAUUAGAUAAGGUAGCUGGAAGUGAUUGCUUCAGAAUCGAGAAUGAUAGGAGCCAGAGGGGAGAACGCUGGAAAGCGGAUGUCCCUCAAGAUGUUCGUCAUCUUUUUGUUCAGAAUUAUGAUGCAAACUUGAUUGCCGAGAAGAUCCUUAGAUUGGAAAAUCUACGCACUCUCAUUAUAUACGUUGUUGAAGAAAGGGAUACACCAGUUGAGGAAAAAGUCAUUGAGAAUAUAUGCAAGCGGAUGCCAAAAUUAUGGGUGUUGUCCAUUGUAUGGCCAGGUAUAAUUGCGAGUAAGGAAUAUUGUGCAAUCAUUGGAACCGAUAGGUUCUCGGUCCCAGAAUCUAUUAGUCAGUUAAAGCACCUACGAUAUUUUGCUUUCAGGACACACCACCCAUGCAUGGUAAUUUUACCAAGCACACUACAUAAACUUCACCGUAUACAACUGCUUGAUUUUUAUUUUGGGGAAAUUUCGGAAUUUACCUCUAUUGGCCUUAUAAACUUGCGGCACAUAUUCUAUGGGUCAUGGGAUACCUUUGCUAACAUAGGCAGGCUGAUCUCACUCCAAAAGCUACCACACUUCAGAGUGCGUAAUGAACAAGGGUAUGAGGUAAAGCAGUUGAGGAACCUAAACCAGCUUGGUGGCAGUCUGGAGAUCUGUGGCCUUGAAAACGUUAAAAGCAAGGAGGAAGCUCUUGAAGCUAAUCUAGCUGCCAAGGAACGUCUUACACAUAUGUAUAUACGCUGGGGUGAUGAUGAUGUAAGGUGCAGUCCAGAAGUUGAAGCUGAGGUACUUGAGGGCCUUUGCCCUCCCAUGGGGCUUCAAACAUUGCACAUCGUAUCCUACGAAGGUUCAAGGUACCCAGAUUGGAUGGUGUGUAAGCAGAACAAUUGCCCAAAGGACCUGCGACAAAUUCGGUUUGACAGAUGCAUCCAACUGGGGCCUGCUCCUAAACUUGAGGCCUUCCCUCAUCUUAGUGUGCUCUGGCUUCAGAAGUGCAGCUGGGAUGCCUUACCAGGCAAUAUGGAGCACCUUGCUUCGCUCAAGAGUAUGCAGAUCACGGGAUGCUUGAACAUCUGGUCACUACCAACACUGCCCCAGUCUCUUGAGGUGUUUACACUCUAUUGCUGCAACCAUGAGUUCAUGAAAUCUUGUGAAACAAUGGGACAUCCAAACUGGCAAAAGAUUGAGCACAUCCCCCAGAAAUAUUUCUACCAAUAUUUUUACCCGUCAAGUAAGACUGACACUUCAAGAAAACAUCGAGGUACGCCUGAUGAUCUUUCAUCAAUGAUGAGAGCAUUUAGGAAUGAUGGCAAGACAGUGAAGGACGUUGGAGCCCUUUGGUUCAAAUGUGAGGCCAAACUUGUCAGCGACCCUGCCAAGGCCACUGAUGGGCCGGCCCUUCGACCAACGCGGACGGCCUGCCAAGACCGCAUCAGCACACCAUGA